CCGCCCUCUCAUAAUGCAGCAUGGGCGAAAACACCAACGUCGGUAGCUUCAGCUGCGGGAGCAGACUCCUAUAUUUUUGAAUAUUUUGGCUGAUUGAAUGAAGGUGAUGUUCCAACAAUGCCGAUAGUGGAUAAACUCAAGGAGGCUCUAAAACCUGGUCGAAAGGAGACGGGUGAUGAGGGAGACCUGAAUAAACUGUUGGCUUCUUCUGCCAAGAAAGUCCUUUUGCAGAAAAUAGAGUUUGAACCUGCCAGCAAGGGUUUCUCCUAUCAGCUGGACAGCCUGAAGAACAAGUAUGUGAUCCUCAAUCCCAGAAGUGAGAUCCUCAAUCCCAGAAGUGAGGGCGCCACAGGGCAGAAAGUUGCAGAGUCUGCUCAGAUAAAGAGGCAAGUGUCAGAAAAUGUGGUUGGGAACCAGAGCGAUGGGAUCCCCGCGCCGCAGAAGAUGCUCUUUCCAGGGAACAAGCUCACUCUUAAAUGGGAGCGUGUGUACAGGGUGGGAGCUGGCCUUCACAACCUAGGAAACACCUGCUUCCUCAACUCCACCGUGCAGUGUCUCACCUACACCCCGCCCCUGGCUAACUACCUACUCUCAAAGGAGCACAGCCGUGCCUGUCACCAGUCAGGCUUUUGCAUGAUCUGCGUCAUGCAGAACCAUAUCAUCCAAGCCUUUGCCAACACAGGCAAUGCCAUUAAGCCUGUCUCCUUCAUCAGAGACCUAAAAAAAAUUGCCAGACAUUUUCGCUUUGGAAGCCAAGAGGACGCCCAUGAGUUUCUGCGAUACACUAUUGAUGCCAUGCAGAAAGCCUGUCUCAAUGGCUACCCCAAGCUCGAUAGGCAGACGCAGGCAACAACACUAGUUCACCAGAUCUUUGGAGGUUACCUCAGGUCAAGAGUGAAAUGCUCCAUUUGCAAAAGUGUGUCGGACACGUAUGACCCUUACCUGGACAUCGCCGUGGAGAUAAGGCAAGCAGCAAAUAUCGUGCGAGCUCUGGAGCUGUUUGUUAAACCGGAUGUUUUGAGCGGAGAGAACGCCUACAUGUGCGCUAAGUGCAAAAAGAAAGUGCCGGCCACCAAGCGCUUCACAGUUCAUCGAACAUCAAAUGUACUGACCCUGUCACUGAAGAGAUUUGCCAACUUCAGUGGAGGAAAAAUAACGAAGGAUGUCGGUUACCCAGAAUUUCUGAACAUUCGUCCCUACAUGUCUCAGAGCUCAGGCGACCCCGUCAUGUACGGCCUCUAUGCUGUCCUAGUGCAUUCUGGGUACAGUUGUCAUGCAGGCCACUACUACUGUUAUGUAAAAGCGAGCAACGGACAGUGGUACCAAAUGAAUGAUUCGAUGGUGCACUCGAGUAACAUCAAAGUAGUUUUGAACCAGCAAGCGUACGUGCUCUUCUAUCUGAGGAUCCCAGAAACCAAGAAGAAUGCAGAUGGCCAGUCCACCAAGUCAGGAAUGCUGCAUUCAGGGAAGAAUAGCGCAUCAUCGGAGCAGAUAAAGAGGGCGAAUCUAAACGGACCUCUCUCCUCCCCACAAGUCACAAAGAAACUUGAGCCUGCGCAGCUGCGAAAGAUCCAGUCUAUGGAUGGCGGUCUGGGCUUCCCCGUUUCCAGAAACAAUGCCCAGCCACAGCCCCGACUUUCCAACUGGACGUCGUCCACCAACGGUGCAACAAAACUGCCGGGCGGGCCCACAGUUAUCGAGGAGCCUUUCAAAAAGGUGAAGAAGCCCUCUCCCCAGAGCCAGGCGCAGUCCCGCAGCACCACUCCCACCCCUUCCAGCAACGGGAUCAGCAGGACCGACGAUGAUAAAAAACAAGGUGGCGAGGGCAGAGGCAUGGCAGCAUCUACCUCAUUUAAGUCUUUGUCUGACUCUUCCUCCGCUGACACCACUGACUCAAAGGACUCUGUCGGUACCAAAAGUGCACCAGUUGGAGAGACUCCCUCCACCCCGCGGAAAGCGUCCAGUGGCCUGGUGUCUCCAGCCAGGAGCGUGGAACGCUCGCAGAGCACAAAGGACCAGAAAACGGCAAAAGUAAAACCACCGGCUCUCAACAAUAUCACAUCUGAAGCCACCAGCACCAUGUCACCUCCACCUGCCAAGAAACUGGCCCUGUCAGCCAAGAAGGCUCACAGCAGGAGUCCGAGCAGCAUUGAUGCUAUGCCCCAUUUGCCACACCAGCUGUCCAGUGACCCCAUGCAUCAAAAUCAACUUAACUCCUUCACCGUUGCCUCACCAACUCACAGAGUCAGUCCAUUCCAUUCGCCUAAAGCCCAGUCAUCACAUUUUGCCCACUUAUCUGGAUCCUUAGAGCGGCCAAACCCUCAGAAACAGUCCUUUCCCUCUGCAUUGCAAAAACCAAACUCCAGCCUUUCUCAUAAAACCAACGGGCUUCACAGCCCGGGCCCAAAGAGUUCCAAGUCUUCCAACAACCUCAGUUCUGCGGCUCAGGAGCCAGACCUCAGCUCUGCGGCUCAACAAGUCAGCAAAAGGAAAAAGAAGAAGAAGCGCCGGCAUUCGGAGGUGGAGGGCGACCCAGCGCCAGUCCCAUCAUCCUCUCCAGUCACGCAGCCCAGUCCUGCGGAGCAAGCAAGCGAGAUGAGGCGCAAGAAGAAAAAGAAGAAACGAAAGCGGGAGAGUGAGGAUGGAGAGAACAUGGAAGAGAGAGGAAGUGUCCGGUCUCAUUUGGACACAUCAAAUCAGGAGGAGGAUUGGUGUCAGAGUGGCUUAUGGAGUCUAACAUCUCAUUCAGAUGCUGAACUGCCUCAGCAGAAACCUGUGCUUUCUGCUGAGAGCCCAGCGCCGCGCAAGUUAAAUCCGCAAGAGCACGAAGGAGACUCUGUGAAGAAGAGGAAGAAGAAGAAGAAGAAAAAGAUGAUUCAGCUGGAAGAAACUGUGCAGGAAACAACCUCUGCUUACUCUGCUUCAGAAAGAAAUCUUGAGGAGAAUAACAAAGACGCGUAUAAUAACACGGGAGAUUUAAUCCUGCUGAAAAAGAAAUUAAAAAUGAAGAAGAAGAGGCUAAAAGAAGAGAUGCGACAGCAGGAGGAGAGCAAACAUUGUGAUGCUGAGCCCGUAGCAGCAGAGCGUCCGUCCAAAAAGAUCACCCCAGACAGCGAUAAGAGAGGCAAACAGAGCGCAGCCACAGUGGUGGUGUGGGACAGCCAAGUGAAGGACGGCUACAAACGCAGCCAGGCACCUGCGGCUGAGGGAGAGGCGUUAGGGGACGUCCCGAACCAUGCUGCCCCUGCGGCUUGGGACGGGAAAAAGAGCACCGAUGUGGUGGAAGAAUUACUCAAGAACGCCACCGAUAAAGCUUACGGAGCCAAUGUUCUUAGUUGGGAUGGUGAAUUCUCCGCUAUCAGCAGAGAUGCCAUUGAAGAUGUCCGCAGUGCCAGGUGUGAUACUGUGAUUGAUGAGUGGGAUGAAGACUUUGAUAGGGGAAAGGUGAAGAAAGUAAAGAACUAUAAAAGAGAGAAGUGGAGAAGCGGUAGCAGCAUCUUCCAGAAGAUACAGGACAGGCGGAACAAGUGGUCCGUGAUGCCCGGAGGGAAGAGGAUUUUCGGAGUCCGACGUUGAGAGUCCAGAUUGCUGCUGAGCUCCUGCUGACUGGAAAUCUAGACAAUACUGUAUACCAAACUUCAGUUUUUUGUUGUUUUUUCUUCUAUCCUAUUUUUUUCCCUCCUUCCUUCCUUAUUAUGCACACUUGUGUUUUAGGAAAUUGAUAGUAAAAUAUGAGCCAAAAGCAGCACGUUGACAGUCUGACCAACAGUCCCAUCAUCACUGAGGUUAAGGUUCAAAGGUUUGAACCGUUUUUUUAACCUUAAUGUCACAGUGAGUCGAUAGAUACACUCAGUAUUUGACAGAAACCCUGUCUAUUGUUAGAUGAUUACAUUGUUACCGUUAAGCCUCAGUUACUGCACCAAAAACAGGGAUGAAAUAAUAUAAAAUCCACCAUAAAUUGUGAGGAGGGAGCUGGAACUGUCUCAGAGCAAACUGUGCUGCUUUAGCAGACAUAAGGGCUCACAAAUUAGACACAAAAGUGACUUUUUUAAGAUGCUUCUUGAGUCAUAAUUCUAUACCAAAUUAUAAUUAUCCUAAAAUGUCUAAAGAUUUAAAUGCAUAUUUUAGGUCUCUUAAUAUUAUUUUUAUGCUUUUUUUUUUUUCUUUUUCUUCUAGCUGUUGAUAUUUUACUUCCGUGUGUGACACGUGGCUUUUUCUUUUUUUAAGUGCCAUAUUUUGCCUUCAAACUGUUUGUUAAAUUCUAGUUUAAAAAAACUCCACCAUCUUCAAAGUAUCCGUAUCUGAACUGCUUCAAACAAGUCGGCUAAAUUGACUUAUUUUCGUCCGGUGUCGGUCAUGUUGCGAUUCGCUAAAUUCAAUUAUUUGAUGUUUGUGUAAAGACACACUCAUAUAACCGGAGGUUGGGCGGUUUUGAGGGCAAAUGGCUGUUUUCUACAGUGCAGAUUUAAAAAAAAAAAAAAAAUGGAGUCCCUCAUCCAUCCUGGAGAUUGGACCUUUUUCAUUCUGUAUAAGGAACCUCACCAGGAACAUCUCACCAAUAUACUUAGUAAAAGGGUUAGAGUUUAUGCUUCAGGCACUGUGUCAGAAGAGGGCGGUCCGUGAUCAUUUCUUUUUCAUGUAUAUCUUUUUAUCUCUAUGCAAUUUUCUGACCAUCCCGCUGGUCACCUGGAAACUGGGCUGAAACUCAGGAACCCAGAGCCCUCUCUUAUCCCAUCGUCACCUCUGUCAACGAUUACCACCCUCUCAUUGCAUAUUGUAUAUUCUGUAGAAACUGUUUUAUACUAAAAUACUUCAGGUGUGGGAACCAUGGGAUCAUCUUCCACCACUCUGGGCCCAGAUGCAUAGAAAAAUAAGGAAGAAAAAAAUGCUUUGCCGCUGUAAAGACUGUACAGUUCAUCUUCUGCUACCUGUUUCCCUCCAGUGCUGUAAAGAUCUGCCCAUGCAUUUCUUUUCAUUCUAGAGAUGUUGCCUUGAAUUGGCUAAAAAAAACAUAUAGGAUUUAAUGUUAUAAAUACAUAAUUUAAAGAGAAGAGCCAGAUCUUUAAUGUGAUACUAAUACUCGGAUUAGUUGGUGGAUGUUCACUUGAGAAUUUAUUUACAAAUGUGUUUGUGGAUAAGAGAGUUCCCUGUGUCACCUCGGUGUGUUCGUUACGAGAGAUUACAGCAGUCUAAUUACUGUAGGACGUGUUUGUUGGCUGUAAAAUUGACGUAGGUUGUUAAAUCUCGAAGUGGCGCAGAGGAACUUUUACCGGAGCGAAUGGACAGUCGACAUGUUUGCAUUUAUGACUGCACCAACCUUUUUUGACCAGGGGAGAGCUCUUUCAUAGUGAAAGCAGCUCUUACCACAGUUAAUGAAAUGGGUGCAAUAAAGUUGUGACUUUUGUGA